GGGGUCUCUCCCAUGCGCCUCCUUGGAUAGGCUUCUGGGGAAGCCCCCUUGACAUCCAGGAAUCUGGUUUUGUGUUAAAUAGGCACGUUUCCUCCAGGUUUUGAGGUUAUUUACCCACAAAGCACACCCCCUGGGGCCACCUGCCAAAGCCCUCCAUUCCUGGAGCUUCUGGAAGCUGGUUCCAGGGGGGGUCUCUCUCAUGCAGCACGUGUCCGCCCAAGAGGCCUCUUCCUCGGAUAGGCUGCUGGGAAAGCCCCCUUGACCUCCAUAACUCUGGUUCUUUGAUUAAAAAAAGCAUAUUUCAUCCAGGGUUUUGUCUUUUUUACCCCCAUGUCAGACGUCCUGAGGCUGCCUGUCAAAGGACUCUCCAGUAUAGCUAGAGGCACCAAAGCCUGAAAAGGUUCUCAAAAUGACCCAAAUGAUUGAGUUUGGGUUUAGUAGAGGUGUGAUUUUUAUGUCCAUGUCCUCUGAAGCUCCAGAUUAGUCCUCCAGCCUGAUGGCAGCGGGGCUUUUUAUGGCUGCCUCUUCAUUUCCAAAGAGCUCCUUGGUGUUUCCAGCUAUUCCUGCUCUGUUGUUUGUUCAGUCGGACUUAAAUGCCUCCUCUGUUGAACACAAGAUGACACAUCGCUGCUGUCAGGGCCUCCCUGCCCACAGAAUGUCUCCAGGCUAGUUGCUGGAAACACUGGCGUUAGUGUUUCUGGAAAGAGGCUGCUGCUGGUCGGGCAGGUCGGUCGGCCCGCUGCAGCCCUCCUCUACGCUUCACCCCCUCCAGCGCUUCCUGCUGCAGAUCUGAACCUGACAGAGGACUGACGACGGAGCUUAGUAAAGAUUUCCCAGUCAGAUUCACGUCAGGAAUGACAACAGCAGCAGCGGCGUCGGGUUUCACAACACUGGGUUUUCCCUGCAGCAGCCAAACAUGUGGUCAUGAUUUCCACAAACCGCCUUGUUUUUCUGGCUGCUUCAUUCGUGUGGCACAGAUUCCUCUGAGGCAGAAGCUCUCGACGUGUAAUUGACUUCCCACAGAGCAUAACCCAUCAGACUUAUCUGAGAGAUUCCUCCCGUUCUUCAGAAGCCACAUCAGUCCACUGCAGCAGGAUGGCAGGGAAACUGGAGGCUGAUGGAAAAACUUCUCUUUUGCAAAUCGGAUCUUUUGUAUUUUCCUUUACCUUCAUUUAUAAAGCAGUAAAUGUUGUUUUCAAAUGGAUGGCUUAGAAAAACCCAGCAGCUUUUAUUCUGGAGUCGUUUCUGGUUUUAAGGAAAUUAAAGCUCCAUCACCAGCUUCUGAUACGGAGCAGGAUGCAGCGGUGAGACUGGACCAGGAGCGGGCGGAUAUCGUCGCCAAAUAUGACAAGGGAAAAGAGGCCGUCGUGGAGCCCUGGGAGGACACCAACUUCCACCUUUACAAAGUCAUCGACCGCUUUGGAUUCGUCCAUGAGAGUGAACUCCCGUCCUACGACUCGCUGGAGGCCAAGCAAAAACACCUGGAGGUGGAGAGGACCGGCAAGUGGCUGAAGAUGAUAAAGAGCUGGGACAAAUACAAGAACAGCGACAAGCUGUUCCGGAGGAUCUAUAAGGGCGUUCCUCUGCAGCUCCGAGGGGAGGUGUGGGGUUUGCUGCUCGACAUUCCCAAAAUCAAAGAGGAGAAGAAAGACUUCUAUGAGAAGCUGAAGGCCCGAGCCAGAGCUCUGUCCCCCGACGUCCGGCAGAUCGACCUGGACGUGAACAGGACCUACCGGGACCACAUCAUGUUCAUGCAUCGCUACGACGUCAAGCAGCAGGCACUCUUCCAUGUCCUGACGGCCUACUCCAUGUACAACACGGAGGUCGGGUACUGCCAGGGCAUGAGUCAGAUCACAGCUCUGCUGCUCAUCUACAUGAACGAGGAGGACGCCUUCUGGGCUCUGGUCAAACUGCUGUCUGGACACAAACACGCCAUGCACGGCUUCUUCAUCCCUGGUUUCCCUAAGUUGAUGCGUUUCCAGGAACACCACGACCGGAUCCUGAAGAAGACGAUGCCCAAACUGAAACAGCAUCUGGACAACCAGGAGGUGUUCACCAGUCUGUACACUAUGAAGUGGUUCUUCCAGUGCUUCCUGGACAGAACGCCCUUCACCCUCACCCUCAGGAUCUGGGACAUCUACAUCUUGGAGGGGGAGCGCGUGCUGCCUGCCAUGUCCUACACCAUCCUCAAGCUGCAUAAGAAGCACCUGAUGAAGCUGUCCAUGGAGGAGCUGGUGGAGUUCCUCCAGGUCACACUGGCCAAAGAUUUCUUCUUCGAGGACGACUUUGUGAUCGAGCAGCUUCAGGCGUCCAUGACGGAGCUCCGCAGGGCCAAGCUGGAGCUGCCGCCACCAGGUAAAGAUGACGAGUUUCCUAAGAAGCCGCUGGGGCAGCUUCCUCCAGAGGUCGCAGCGCCUGUACCGAACCACGUAGGCAACGGUCAAAGCCACGCCAAGCCCGUCGAGCCGCCAAGAGACUCCGGAACUGGACCAGAGCGGCCGCAGGAGAGCCUGCCCCAAAGCCGGGCCCGCAGGGACUCCAUGGAGAGGCCGCACCGACACCACCGGAUGGAAAAAGGGGACGGCCACGUCAGGAGGUCCAAUGAGGCUCUGAGUGAGCAACAGAAACCAUCCGCCUCCACCACCCCAGAGAGAGGGCCAGCUCCUCCAUCAACACCCCAGUUCACCUCGGUGGACAGCCGCAGUCCUCACGCUGCCACCAACCACAACUCAAACCCCGCCUCCGGUUCCCGCCAGAUCUUCGGCCCCCGGUGGGUCAAACCCUCUGAGACCAAGCUAGAAGCGGCGAAGGCGGCAGCGGCGACGCAGCACAGCCGAGGGCCGUCGCCAGCUCCUUCCAGUCCAAACGAUGGCGUCCAAACUCAGCGGCGUCCUCGCUCCAAGGGAUUCCUCCCGGGUGUUGAUCGAGGCUCCAAUGCCUCCCAGUAUGACAAUGUUCCAGGACUCCCAGAACCCGACUUUGAGAUUCUGGAGCUGGAGAAGCCUCCAUCCAGGAUGAGGCCCCCCCACCAGGGCAGCCCGGCUCAUGGACCAAGCCAUGGCGGCAACAUGGUCUCCCCGGGUCCCAGGAUGGUCAAGCAUGUUCAGCCCCCCCACGCCUCCCACCUGGGGCCACCGGCCGGCUACUCGGGGGCCCAGGGUCGGUUCAACGCCCCACCGCAGCAGCUGUCUCCAAGAAGAACUACGACUGAGGUUCCCAUCCUGCACCCAAGCUACAGCGUGAGUCUGGACCCCAGAGGGGAGGGCCCGCACUAUGGACCCCCCAGGGUUAAUUCCCCCCCCAGCACGCCGUACAGGGAGCUGUCCUAUGCAACCACCCACCGCCAGCGCAGCAACCACUCCCCUGAGAAAGUGCUGCUAAAUAACUCGUUCGCCACGUACCGCAGGCCGCCCCCCGCCGGGUCCACCCGACCCCCCCCAGACUCCACCCCCCUCUACCUGCAGCAGCUGACGUCCGCCACACAGAUCCAAACGUCCCUGGACUACUAUCAGACAGGUGAGGUAAAUGCCCCCUACCUGCGAGGAGGCCGGCCUCAGCCGAUCGUAGACGGCCUCCAGUGGGAGCUGGAGGAAGAGCGCCCCCUUCAGUCCCCCGGGGGGAUGCAUCGCUCCCCCAGCUUCCAACAAGCCCAGAUGUCUCCUAUUCACGACUUCCCCUUCCCCCCCAACGUUGAGGCUCUGCCUCACUACAGGACGCAGUUCCAGGAGGGGCAACAGCUCCCCCAGCUGUUUGGUGGACCACACUACAGGCACGCGCAGGAGGCUUUCGCCAUGCAGGAGUCCAUGCUGCUGUGAUGCAACGCUGACACUGGAACACGCCGAGGCGUAGUCACCGACACUGUGCUAGAGACGAGCAGAACCGGAACCGGGUUCGGGUUCUGCUCGUGUGAAGCUCUGAACUUUAAAAGACACAGCAGCCUCUGAGGUUUCUACUGAUCGCUUUAAAAAAAAAAACUGACUGAAGAUGUAAUUUUAUUUUUGGAUGUAAUUCAUGAACAGAGGUUACAGUUUGAAUAUAUAAACAGUUUAUCUUUUAGAGUCUGAUGAUGUACAGCAGAGGUUUAAUCUAAGGUUAGGAGCCGGGGGGCGGGGGGGAGAUCAAACUGACUUAUUUUCCAUGUUUGUUGGUUUUUAUCUUGAAUUCAGGUAUUUACACCAGAGAUCAAUCCACUCUGGAUGAAUCAUUUUAAAAAGUACAUCACUGAAUGCUUUUAAUGUGAACUUUGAGAUUCAUUUCAAAUACGUCCCUGUUCGUUUUUAUCUUUCAUUCCUAAUUAACGCCGAAGAUCUCUGCGUUUUUUUCCACUUGAAUCAUAAAUACGGAUUAACCAGAGGGCUACACUGUAAUAAAUCUAUAAUUAAAUCCACUAAACCGCUGCUGUUUGUAAAAGUGAUAUCUACUGGAGCGUGUGCAGAGCGUGACCUGGAACACACACUACAUGUAACACGUAUGUCAUGCAUUUCAAAGAUCAACCCAACACAUUCCAUUCAUUAUUCUUUACUCUCUAAAUGCUCUCAAACAGACAGUUAUUCAGCUUUUUGUUAAACUGCAGGUUCUUCUCACACGUUGUUUAAUAAAACCAGGUGG